AAUGAGCCAUUAAACGUUGUCUAUAGUCACUCUGUCUCUCUCUUCCUCCCUGACUUGAUAGCGGAAAUUGAAUACGGAGGCAAUCCAAGCGGAUGCAGCAGGAAAUCGCAUCAGCAUCAGGUAACUGUGCUACUAUCCCAGAAACCAGAUACAGAGAAAGAGAGGGGAAAAAAUACAUCGUCAACGGAAGUCUUAGGCCAUAAUGCCCCUUGCGCCUGAAUAGCUGAGCUGAGCAUAGCAUGGGCUGCUCGAACACCAAGUCCAGUACCUCUAUUGACGAUACCAAAGCACCAGCUGCACUCUCUCCUGCGCCAGCGCCAGCGCCAGUUUCAGCUAAAUACGACAAGAAAAUGGAUUCAGCACGAAGGGAAUACCCUGCUUCGGAAGCUUUUACCAUACCUUUGGAUAACGAGCUCCAAUCAGAUGUGCCCCUAAACGAGACCCUACGACAGCCACCCAAACGGAUACAACAACUCAUGGAGGAGGCAGCCAGCGUUGAGCCAUUGACUCUGGAGGAACUGGAGGAUAAACAGCAGAAGGCCGAACAAAGACGUCAGGAAUUGAUGCAACAAAAAUUGGAAAUUAUACAAAAGAAUGCCCAAAUGCUAAUGCGGGGACAUAGCACGGAUGGCGGCGCCGCCGAUCAGAAGGAGGAGCAACAAGAGUAAUCAUUUAAACAUCAUUAACUUUUUGAUAGAAACAGAAAAACACAGCACCUCGUAGUAUUUAAGGUUUGAAAUACAUUUGAAACAAGUU